GAGAUAGUGAGAGAGGGAGAGUAAAACAGAGAGAGAGAGAAAGUAAAGAGUGGAAGAGAGACAGUGAGAGGAAAGAGGAAGAGAGAGAGAGAAAGAGCGAUGGAGCCCGCAACCGGACGCACGUGCGCGGAGAAGCUACGCUACUGAAACUCAAUCCCAGUCAGAAGAAAAGAAAGAAGGAAAGAAAGAGAGAAGGACGGAGUGCGGGAUGGAGUCUCUCUCUUUCCCUCUGUGUAGCCGCGCGCUCUGAGAGGAGCCCUGGUGCUCGUGCUGCUGCUGCUGCUGCAGGUGUUGCUGCUGCGCGCGAUGGGUUGCGUGCAGAGCCUGGGCCGCUGUAAGCCCAAAGGGUUCCGUGAGGGCGUGUGCGUGCUGGAUCUGAGCGCGUGCAUCGACCCGGACCCCACGAGCGUGGACGAGUCCUCCUCCGUGGUGCUGCGCUACCGGACCCCGCACUUCCGUGCCAGCGCGCGCGUCUGCGUGCCGCCCGUGGCCGCCAAAGAGACGUGGACGGUGGGCUGGAUCCAAGCGUGCAACCACAUGGAGUUCUACAACAAAUACGGAGCCAAAGGGAUGUCCAGCUGGGAGCUCCCUGACCUGCGAGACGGGAAGAUUCAGGCCAUCAGUGACUCAGAUGGCGUUAACUACCCCUGGUAUGGCAACACCACAGAAACGUGCACCAUUGUGGGCCCGACCAAGAAGGACACCAAAUUCACCGUCAGCAUGAACGACAACUUCUACCCGAGCGUGACGUGGGGCGUCCCGGUCAGCGACAGCAACGCUCCGAUGCUCAGCAGCAUCUGGAGGGACCAGAGCUUCACCACGUGGCUGGUGGCCAUCAACCAGGCGUCCGGAGAGACGCUGGUGCUGCAGACGGUGCGCUGGAGGAUGCGGCUGCACAUCGACGUGGACCCGGAGAAGCCGCUGGGGAAAAGAGCCAGGCUGUGUGAGCCAAUCGCUCAGGAACAGCCUCAGGUGCUGGUCAAAAAUGAGCCCAUCCCACCAAACGCCAUGGUCAAGCCCAAUGCCAACGACGCUCAAGUCCUAAUGUGGAGGCCCAGGACUGGGGAGCCAGUGGUGGUCAUCCCACCCAAAUACUGAGAGAGAUUUUGAAAAUUUUUUGUUGUGUUUUUUUGUGUCUUUUUUUAAGAAAUUAAAACCACAAGGAAUAGUCUGGAUUGUCUUGCUCCCCUAGAAAUGUGAAAAAGGAGCUUGAGAAAAAAAGUGCAACCUUUCUACCUUCAACAAUGACUCGGGAAUCACUGUGCUAAAUCAUUGCAAAAAGAAAAAAAUAUAAACUUGCUAUUUUUUUUUUUUUUCGAUUUUUAAUGAUGACCGGGACUCGGUGUGCAAGUGUUUUUGAUAGUAUUGCAGCCAUAUAUGAGAAUGUGGCAUAAUUAGUGUGUGUGCAUUGGAAACAGCAGUCGUAUUUAUUUAUUUGGGUGGGUUAUGUAUCGCUAAAGGCACCUUUUUGUGCUUAUGAGUGAGGAAACAAAAAAAAAUAUGAAUGCGGAGUGACACUUGUUUUUGUUUGUGGAAUUUUUUAAAACAUCCAAGACAUUUGAUCCAUGCUGCCUUAAGUUUACAUUGCUUUUCACAAACUUUGCAAACUUUUUAGCCUUAAAAUGAUGUGCAAUGCAGUAAACUAUGGAAGCCUGUUCCAGCCAGAUACAGGAGAAAAAAAUCCUUUUCUGUUUCUGGCAGCAGUGUGUCAAAAUUCUGAAUCACUUACAUUCUCAGAGUAUUCCUGUAGUAUCUCCAAACAAUUUAACUUAUUAACUUAAUUAACUUAUUCUUUCAAAAUUUUGACUUUUCAUCUCAAAUACUGACUUGAAAUACUGACAUAUUAUCUUUAAAUAUGGAAUGAAUAUGUUGAAACAAUGAGUUAUUACAUUUUAAUAAAGUAAAUAAUUAUUUUGAGAUAAUGUCAAUAUUUCAAAAUAAAAGUCAUAGUUUUGAGAUAUAAAGUCAAUAUUUAAAGACACAAAGUCAAUAUUUCAAGAUGUCACUCAUUUGAAAUAUUAAGUCAAAAUUUUGACAUACCGUCAUUAUUUUAAGAAAAUAAGUCAUUAUUCUGAAACAUAAUUCAGUAUUUUGAGAUAUUAAGUCCUUUCAAGAGGAGUCAAUAUUAUGAGAUAAUAAGUCCAUAUUUUGAGACAGUAACAUAGUGUUUGAAGAAAAUAGUCACUAUUUUGAGAUCCUAAGUCAGAAUUUUCAGAUACUGUUAUUAUUUUAAGAAAAUAAGUAAUUAUUCUGAAACACAAUUCAGUAUUUUGAGAUAUUAAGUAGUUAUUUCAAGAGAAGUCAAUAUUAUGAGAUAGUAAGUCCAUAUUUUGAGAAAGUAACAUUAUUUUGAGAUCCUAAGUCAUUAUUUUACAUAGUAAGUCAAAAAUAUUUGAAAUUAAGUGAUUACUUUGAGAUAAUAUGUCAGUUUUUUAAAUUAAAUCAUUAUUUCGAGACUAGAUUUUGACAAACUGCUACCAACAAACAGAAAUGGAGAAAAAAAACAGGUGUUUUCUUUCUCUUCUACCUGGUGGGAAUGGACUUCCAUAAAAACCCUCAUCUACCCACUCAUGAUGUGUGGUAGUCUACUCAUGUGAUGGGGCGAGUGUUCCUUUCUAAUAGCUCCUUCCCCCGUUCCCCUCUUCUUAACGCAGAGGUCAUGAUCUGUGGUUUUAUAACUAGAUAAAUGAGUAAAAACAGAUGUUGAUGAGGGCUUUGUUGGGGAUAGGAUUGGGGUCCCAUUUGGUACAAAUGCCAAAUUGUAGGCUCCAAAGAUGAGGCAGAGUGAAGGAAACUUCAUCAGCUUCAUUAGUGCUUUCAUAAUAAAAACAAUGUUCUCUUGAAAUUGAGCGUUCCAUCAACAGAACACUGCACAUCGUCAGAGAUUAACUAUCAACUAGGAGGAUAAAGAGAGAUUUCGGCUGCUCUCUCGUUCGGCUCAAACCCGUUUAGACUACUGCUGUCAGCCAGACGUCACGCACUUCAGGAGGGACCCACACAAAUCACUCUGAGGACAUGGAAGAGAGUCUUCUGAAUCCACUCGUCCAGAAACCUCAACCGUCUUCCUCUUUCUCAACCUUCAGACGCAGCUGAUCUGGUUGCACCUCACCACUAUGGAGUAGAGCUUAUAUUUGACAUAAUGUGAAGACAUUCAAGGUAUAAAAGCAGUAUUUAAAAAGACAUUAACAACAACAACAGCACAGCAACGGAACGCAGGCCACAAGCACAUUUCUUUCAACCCAUUAGCAAUGCAACGUCUGAACUGAUGUAUUUUUCAAAACUGGAAAUGUGCAAAAAUGUUGAAAAAUGUUGGAAAAAAAAAGAGUCUAUUUUCAAAUACACCCAGUCUGUCUUCCGUCUCCUUUUCCUUCUCCUCCGCCACGCACUCGCUCCCCUCUGACACAAGUGUCCCACACUGAAUCCUGAAGAGAUAGUCAAUCAAUACGUUCAUUAAAAAUUGAGGCACAGUGGCAGACUAGGAGAGUCGAGAUGUAUUUAACAGCUGAGCGCUAAAACAGCACUCCCUUUAGAGGCUAGCUGUCGUUAGUCAUUUUAGCCUGUGUGCUAAGAGAGGUUUCUGCUGAGAGACUUGUGAUCUUGAGAAAUAUUUCACCCAAAAAAUGUUAAAGGAAUGCUUUUUGGCUUAAAACUUACACAAUUCUCCCCUUUUCUUCUAAAUGUAGUCAAGAUUGUUUGGUUUGCUUUAGUUUUGCCCUGGAGCUGCAGGGCUAAUGCAGCUAACACCUAGUGCAGUUAGCAAUUAGCAUGCUGCAAAAUGCAGGCCUGAGUGACCGCACACUUCCCUCAAACCACACUAAAUUGUUAAGUAAUCUCUAAAAGACUUGUUUAUGUGGUUUCUAAAACAGAAUGACAUACUGUUAUCCUUAAAAAGGGCAAAAGUGCAUUAGCAUAGCUAUAGACAGGAAUAGCAGCCAUUGCCUGAACUAUUCAUUGCUCAUGGGGAAACAAAGCUGCACUUUUACACAAACCAAAUAUGUGCUACUGGGUGCUAUUAACUUCAGCACGUUAGCAUUUUUAAGUUCUCUUGAGUGGACUCCCUGGGCCUUUCAUUUUCUCAAUGAAAUUUUUGGGAUUUUAAGGAAAUCGAUUUUCGCAGGGCACUUUGUCCCCCAGGCCCUGUGCUUCCCUGUAAUUUUGGAAACAGCCAUAUGUUCAAAGGGUCCUAUAUUUCCAGGGUCCUAUAUUCCCAUAGGCAUACAUUCCCCAAGACCUAUAUUCCCAGAGGUGUAUAUUUCUAGGGUCCUAUAUUCCAAAAGGCCUAUAUUCCCAGGGUUGU